UCUCUUCACUCCAGUCUCGCUGCAUUCGCCAUGGCUUUCCUCAUCUCCCAAAAGCCUCCCUCCUCCUCCUCCUCCUUCUCACUAACAUCCACUUAUGGUGACGAGAACCAGCUUCCGGCCGGCGGAAGCCCGGUCACCAGUUGCCUCUACCUCAAGCCGGACUCCGAAGGCAGCGGCGGCGGCGCCGAGCGGAAGCCUCUCGACAGAGACGUCGUGCUGCGGCGGAUCCGCCACCGGAAACGCGUCAACCAGAUCCGGACUGCUCUCCAUUCCCUGCGUGAGCUAGAGCCUGGCGUCGACAAGGACGGGGAGCCUCACGCAUGGCUUGAUGAUGCCUUCUCCUCCCCUUGAUGAUCCAACACCUGCAUGCUGGUGAUCUCAAGCGACCUCUCUUCAUACUGUUCUAAGUGGCAGAGAAGAUUUAGCGUAGCUUGAGAGGCUGCAUGCCAUCUUCUGCAUUAUGUAUACGAGCUUGUCUGCUCUGAAAGCAAUGAACUCAAUUGUUGUACCGCUGUUAUGCAAGUCUAUAAAACAUGUUCGUGAUCGAACCA